UCGCCGCUUGCCAAAUUCCACGAAGGAAUAGGCUCAUUCGGGGAAGUAAAAGUGUGGCUUGAGAAAACCGACAUCGACUUCGCAUAUACCUCCGAAGAAACCCCCAGUGGCUGGCUGCAGCAUGGCAGCAGUAGCCAGUGUGGCCUACCUGGCACUUUUGUUUUGCGCAACGCCGAUGGCACGCUGCGAGAAAUUGAGACCGCACAUAGUUUUCUUCCUUGCAGAUGAUGUGGGAUGGGACGACGUCAGCUUUCACGGCUCGUCCCAAAUCCCGACGCCUAACUUGGACACCCUGGCUGCGGACGGAGUCAUACUGAACAACUACUACGUCACGCCGUACUGCACUCCAUCGAGGGCUGCCCUCAUGACGGGACUCUACCCAAUACGCACAGGUAUGCAGGGCAUGCCGAUAGAUGUCGCUGAGCCGUGGGGGCUGCCGACCGACGUGCGUAUUCUGCCUCAGUACCUUAAAGAGUUCGGCUACGAGACACACCUGGUUGGUAAGUGGCAUCUGGGCUGUUACAAGGAGAGUCUUACGCCGACGUGCCGUGGCUUCGACAGCUUCUACGGCUUCUACUACGGAGAGGGCGACUAUUACUCACACACAAUCAACGACGAAAAUCACGUAGGUCUUGACUUCUGGUUGAACAAGGAACCCGUAUGGUCUGCUAACGGGACCUACUCUACGUCGCUGUACACGAAGAGGGCACAGUACAUCAUUGAAAACAGGAAAAAGUCUAAGCCACUGUUGCUUGUUGUAAGCCACCAGGCUGCUCACGCCGCACUAGAGAUGCAACUCCUGCAGGCGCCGCAAGAAAACAUCGCCAAGUUUCCCUACAUAGGAGAGAAGAACAGAACGAUUUACGCAGGAAUGGUGGACGCGUUGGAUCAGUCCGUCGGCCAGGUGGUCAAAGCCUUAAGCGACGCGGGAAUGCUGGAGAACACCGUAAUAGCCUUCAGCAGCGACAACGGUGGUGCCCCUUGGGGCAAGCACAAUUCCCGCGGUUUCAACUGGCCGUUGCGGGGAGCGAAAGGAACUGUCUGGGAAGGUGGGACCAGGGCGGCCGCUUUCGUCUGGAGUCCGCUGCUCGGCCGAAGGCGCAGGGUGUCUAACGAACUUAUGCACAUCACGGACUGGUUGCCCACGUUCUACUCGCUAGCAGGAGGUAACGCUGCGAAGAUGGUGGGAUUGGAUGGGCACAACAUGUGGCGGCAUUUGUCCCAUGGUCUGCCUUCGCCUCGCGUCGAGUUACUUUACAACUACGACUACAAGUACACCAAAUCAGCGGCGCUGCGGCACUCUCGGUACAAAUUGUUGCUAGACGGCACCGGCACGUUCUCUGAUCGCUACAGCGUACCGGGAGGAAGCCGUCCGCGCAACGACCUCGACUCCUUGGUCGCCCAGUCGACGGUGGCCGGCGUUCUCAAGGAGUUUUACAAAACGCACGACCUGAAUUUUCCCAAGAGUUGGAGACGAAAGGCAACGCUUACAUGUGGCAAGCAAGGAACGAUAAACUUUUCGUCUUCUACAUCGAUCUACCUGUUCGAUCUGGUUGCCGACCCCUGUGAGAUGAACAACUUGGCCAGCAAGCUUCCAAGUGUGGUUGCAUUGCUUAAGAAGCGGUUAGACGUGUUCGGCGAAGCGGCCCUGCCAGUGCGGAACAACAAUACCCACGAUCCUAGGAGCUUUCCUGAAAACCACGGAGGAACUUGGGCGCCCUGGGUGCCAUCAGACUGUCCGGCUUCGUACAGAUGAUGAAAGUAGAUUUUAUCAACGAUUGCUAACGUAGUGUGUGGUGUGGGAAUGCGUGAAAGAGCUAGUUGUGUGCGCCUGGGCUACCAAGCUGAGCUCGCUCCUGCUCGGGAAUGUGUGGUGAAGUUCAACGGAAAACGUUCUGCGGCGUAGAUUGGAGCACAGAAGUAUGGACAUGGACGUGCACGAGUGAUAUUUUGCUUUCGGUCAUCUAAUUCAAUGUGCAAUUGAUUCGCCAGUGCUAGGUUGCUUUGAAGAAUAGCGCAAUGAAAUUACGACUUCUGACAUGAGAA